UGGAAAUUAUUGCACAAAGGUCACUGAGACCACCUGAAGACCAGCUGAACAGAAGUCUCUAAGGUUAUAAAGAAGGAACCACGUUGACACAGGCUGAUACCAUCAUGCCUUCUUGGAUAGCCUUCCCCAGCCUCAUACUACUUUGGGCAGAUGCUGUAGUUUCUGUGUCAUAUGUGACUGGAGUGGUGGGUCAGUCUGUCACACUACCCUGUAUCUUUUCAACAGCUCAUGAAAUCUCACCCCUGUGCUGGGGUCGAAGGGCAUGUCCUUGUUGCUCAAAUGAACUCAUAAUGACCGAUGGCUACCAUGUCACCUUUGAGAAGGACAAACGUUAUAGGAUGAAUGGAAUCAUUUCCAGAGGGAAUUUGUCUUUAACCAUACAGAAUGCAGCCCUGUCUGACACUGGCACCUAUUGUUGCCGUAUUGAGUUCAAAGGGUUGUGUAAUGGUUAUAAAAAGAAUAUAUUUUUGGAGAUAAAGCCAGCUCUACCUAAGGUCACCAGUGUUCCAACACCAUCUAAGGUUUUCACCUCUGCUCCUACAACUCCAACACCAACACUAACACUGAACCACAAGACAGCUCCAACUAAUGUCACCAUGGGCCCAACAUCACCUAUGGUCUCUUCUACAAAGCCAUUAGGAGGACAGCAGGAAUUCAAGACAGAAACCACUUCAUCUUCUCCACUGCAGACAACAGAAACCCCGCCUAUCACACCACAGGAAGCAAGUACGACCAGCUCAUCAUUGAACUCUUCUUUCCCAACAGAUGGGAAUAGCACUGUGACCCAGCCUUCAGAUAGCGGUUGGCAAUACAAUGCAACUCACACAAGCUUGAAACAAAAUACACCGAGGAACACCAGUAAGUUGUACAUUGGACUCUGCAUUGCUGCCAUGAUAUUGCUCACCAUUUUGGCUGCCAUUCUUACCAAAAAAUAUUUAUGUGGGAAAAGAAAGGUGUAUCUCAUAAGCAAAGAGCCUCCGACCGGAACUUCACAAAAUGGAACAUCAGUGUGCUACCAACCACAUGAGAAUCUCUGCUUUGAGAACGAUCUUUGUAACGUUUAUCAAGACCCAUUGGUGCUAGGACCUUUAGGCCUUUGACUGCAGAAAGCACUGACCAGAUCUCACCAUGUCUGUUCUUUUAAGCUCCAGGAUUAUUUUUCUGUCAAUAUUUCAUGGUGUUCCAAUGUGUCUGUGAUGUUCGUUAGAGUAUCUUUAGCUCAUCAGUGUGAAGUCAAACCUCAUUGGUAAUUAGUCUUAAUUUUUUAUAUUAAAAUUGGCUCAAUUUUUCUGGUCAUAGCAGAGCCCUCUCCUAAAUAUGACCUGAACACUUUAGAAUUGUAUAUUCUGUACAGACCUUAUGAAUCCUGUAUCCAUCAAGACUUCUCAUUGGGUUGACAUGAAAUGAACCAAUACGUUGGUCACUAAAGCUGUCACAAGGAGGGGAAUAGGACUUAAAAUCAGCAAAUUCGAUUUGGAACUUAAAUGAAUUCACUUGGAAGCAUUUCAUGAUUAACUCGUGUUGUUUUUUAAUCUUGCAGUCAAUACAUUACAUUUCGUAAGUUCCUGCAAAGUUUUCAAAUUAUGGAGGCACACAGAUUUUUAUUUUCUUCAUGGGGAAAUAGUGUGAUUUCACCAUUAGAUCUGUUUGUUCAUGGCUCUGAAAAUAUGAGGUUUUAAGUGCUUUCCUUGGGGCCAAGAUGGGGCCUUUAAGGGAAGAAGCUAGGAUGGUGAGUGGAGCAAGUAAAUAGGUGGAGAAAAUCUAUGGCCAUGUGAUUUAACACAUGUGUGCUACUUCUGCUACAGCUGUGCCACAUAUAGACAACCAUCAGGGAUUCUGAACUAACUAUUAGAAUGAUGCAGUACAGUGAUAAAUAAAAGGGCAAAAGAAAGGGAGACGUUAGGGCAAAAGGCCUCUGCCUUAGAAAAGUAAGUGCAAAUCUAAAUCUGUUUGAGAGUGUUACUAGUUUCACCUGGAAUUCUAAAUUGUCCCCAAACCAUUUUGAUUAU